ACUUCACACAAGCGUCUCACAUGUCUGAUGUUUCAGGAUCAUUUCAAUUUAGUACAAAGUUAUCAAUCGACACGGCGUUUAGAAAGUACGACGCCACUUAAAGUAUCCAUCCUUCCAUCUGUUAAAACAAAGCAGUGACUCUGUAAUGUAGCUUACAGAAAUGUAACAAUGGUUGUUUCAGUUACCUCAUUUGCUAUAAUCUUCUUGCUUCCUCUGCGUUUCCACAGGGGCCCUAAUCUAAUCUAAAGUCAUCUCAACUAAUCCGCAGCAGCAGCAGCAGCAGCAGCAGUGGUCGAGCUCAACAUUCACUGAGAUGAGUGAUGUGGAAGAUGAAGAUCUGCUGCCAGAGCUUUCCACCUGACACACCUGACACACAGACUCGAUGAAGAUCCCCAGUCCGAUCAGCACCAACGUUCUGGCAAUGUGACUGAUUGAUCCAGUAGAUGAACAGUAAAGAUUAAGAGGAUGACAAAUAGGCAUGCUGCUUACACAGCGCUUGGGGCUAAUCCUCCCCCUCCACCCCCUGGACUCCCUUUUGAGGAGCUGCCACCGAGGAGCACCCACAGACAGUGACUGACCCCGACGGCCAGAGGGAGGACACACAACCUGUUGACGUGCAACAAGUGUCAGCCCCGAGCUCAUGGCAGGACCCCAGCCCAUCUGCAUCUCCGCACCAGAGCCCGCAGCACAGUAGAGGCUCAACCCGCCAUCUGUCCACCGGGGGAACCACCGGAGACCCCUUACAGCUACACCGCUCAACUUUUCACUAAACUCAAAAGGAACUUGAACUUCGGACGUUGUAUCUUUUGAAAAGGACGAAUACUUUACAACAAAGUUUCUCAUCUCCAGCCGUCACCGAUCGAGGAGACGAUUUUCAGUGGAAAAAUGAUGGAGGAUCACCUGUCGAAGAUCCCCAUGAUGCCGUCCUCUUCCCCCACGGAAUCGUCUGCCAGCGGCGGGACUGAUGACAGCAGAGGAGCCAAGAGUCCAGCCCCGGGAAAAGCUCUGAGCCCGGCUCUGGUCUGCAAAGUGUGCGGCGACACCAGCAGCGGGAAACACUACGGCAUCUACGCCUGCAACGGCUGCAGCGGCUUCUUCAAACGCAGCGUGAGGAGGAGGCUCAUUUACAGGUGCCAGGCCGGUACCGGCAUGUGUCCGGUGGACAAAGCUCAUCGCAACCAGUGCCAGGCAUGUCGGCUGAAGAAGUGCCUGCAGGCGGGCAUGAACAAGGACGCGGUGCAGAACGAGCGGCAGCCCCGCAGCACAGCUCAGGUCCGUCUGGACUCCAUCGACGUGGACCCUGAGAAGGAGCACUUGGCCACCACACGGGAGCCCACCUGCUCUUCUUCUUCCUCCUCCUCCUCCUCUUCCUCCUCCUCCGGCGGCUCCGUCAUCACGUGGCCCCACAUCACCUCCUCCAUGUCCAUCACCUCCUCUGUCGCCCCCCAGCGCUGCGUCAGUCCCCAGAACAACCACCGCUUCAUGGCCAGCCUCAUGACGGCUGAAACCUGCGCCAAGCUGGAGCCCGAGGACGUUGACGAAAACAUCGACGUAACCAGCAACGAGCCGGAGAGAGCGUCCUCGGAGUAUCACAUGGCUCUGUACCCGUCCAGCUCCGAGAACGUGUACGAGACCUCGGCGAGGCUGCUCUUCAUGUCGGUGAAGUGGGCCAAGAACCUGCCCGUGUUUUCCAACCUGCCCUUCAGAGACCAGGUGAUCCUGCUGGAGGAGGCGUGGAGCGAGCUCUUCCUGCUCUGUGCCAUCCAGUGGUCUCUGCCGCUGGACAGCUGCCCGCUGCUCUCUCUGCCGGACCUCUGCCCCGGCAUGCAGGGAAAGACCAGCUACACCAGCCUGGACCUGCGCCUCCUGCAGGAGGUCUUCACCCGCUUCAAGGCCAUCGCCGUCGACCCAACAGAGUUCGCCUGCCUCAAGGCCAUCGUGCUCUUCAAGCCAGAGACUCGUGGUUUGAAAGAUCCAGAACAAGUGGAGAACCUGCAGGAUCAGUCUCAAGUGAUGCUGGGACAACACAUCCGCUCACACUACCCCAGUCAACCAGCCAGGUUCGGAAAGCUGCUUCUUCUUCUUCCGUCUCUGCGCUUUGUGAACUCGGAGCGGAUAGAGCUGCUGUUCUUCCACAGGACCAUCGGAAACACUCCCAUGGAGAAACUGCUGUGCGACAUGUUCAAAAACUGAGACCGUCACACAGAAACACAUGCAGUCAUCCACAAUCACAUCUCCUGGUUUGAAAGGAACGACAUUUCACACACACACUUGCUUUGUAUCUGUGUAUACACAUCUGAGAUUCUGCGUGAUGUUAUUUUCUCAAAGGCCACUUUAUUAUUUGUUGUCUCAACAUCAGGUCGUUCUGAAAAUUAAAAUGCUAUUCACUUCUUAUCAUCGUGCUUGCUGUCUAUUUGUAUCAUAUUUAGACUUUGAUUUGUGUCUGAAGUGACUCACGAUCACAGUUCCUCCUCUAGUGUUUCUCUAUGUUUUUUUGUGCAGAUCUUUAUUUGUUUGGUGAUAGAUGGACUGUAUAUCCCUGCUGUCAUUAAUGUCACUGUUACGUUCAUGUUGUCAUGCCUUGAUAAAGUAAAAAAUUGCU